GCAAGUGGAUUUGUGAACAAGCUGGUUUCGCUCACCUUCGACAAGCCAAAGAACAAACGGAAAAAGAGCGACCAGAAAGACAAGCGUCCACUCCUUCGCCCAAUAAUAUGCAUCUGUAAUGACCAAAAUGCCAAUGCACUUGCUAAACUCCGUCCUCACGCCCGGCAAAUUCGGUAUACGAGACUUGCCGAUAGUCAUAUUGUCAAGCGUCUUCGCGAGAUUUGCGAGUUGGAGGGUUUACGCGCUGAUACCAGGGCUCUGAGUACCUUGGUCGGCGUGGCCAAAGGCGAUCUCCGAGGCUGUCUCAAUACUCUGCAGUUCAUCAAGUCUCGCAAUGAUGAAGUAACCGAACCUCUCAUUCGCCGUGCUACGGUGGGCAUGAAGGAGGGGGACACUACCGCAACUUCCGUAAUCAACGAAAUAUUUGCACCUUUAUCCCGAAAACGUGUCAAAGAGCUUGGUAUGGGUGAAGAAGAAGAGGCACGAUACGUGAACCGACUAAGCCAUACAAUUGAAGGACUGAACAAUCCUGCAAGUAUAGCAAAUGGCUGUUUUGCGCAUUAUAUCAAUUGUCGCCGACACGAUGCAAACUUGAACCAUUACGAGAAGGCUGGCGAAUGGUUGACGACCUUCGACUCCUUUUCGUCGGUCAUGUAUACAGACGGGGACUUCGCGCUGCAUACAUACCUGUCGUAUUUUCUGGUCCCUUUCCACCCGCUAUUCCGAGAACGAGGGGAAAAUCGGGUAGAGCGAGACAGUUCGGACUGGGAUAACUUGCAGCUGACACGCGCAAACGAAGAAAUUUAUAAAUCGUUAGCACACGGUAUCCGCUCAAUCGGUCGCACUGCAGGAGCCAAUAGACACCUCGUUACAGGACAAGUCUUGCCACUCGAAUUUGCGCCAUUUAUCAAUCGUAUAAUCUCCCCUCCUUUGCGACCAGUCAACAGUCAAGUGAUAAAGCCACAAGAAAGAGCCCUGCUCUUACGUUUGGUGGAGAUUAUGGUGUCUUUUGAACUUCGCUUUGUGCAAGAAAAGGCCGAGGAUGGCCAAAAUGUGUUUAGGCUUGACCCUCCAAUUGAUGUUUUUGUUACCUAUGACGGUAAGCGCGCCGAAGAUAUUACAGUUUCUCGGUAUGCUGUACGACAGUUGGUCGCCACUGAGAUUGACGCCGCACUCGUUGCAAAGCAAGCAGACGCAGUGGAGAAAGGAAAGGAACAAGCAAAAGCCAACUUCUUCAAAAAAUCAAAGAAGGGCGCCACGGAAAAUGUCGAUGAAGCUAAUGAGCCCAUGGAAGUCAUAGAAGGUAACGGCGAACUGCGCCGCGUGGAUGCCUCAUCUGAGCCAGGCCCCGAAAACAAACGAGCACGCACUUCCGAGAAAGUGGAUAUUGCAGAUAAGCCACCUGUAGACUUCUUUGGAAGACCAAUCGCUAUGAAGAAAGAUUUAAGGAAGUCAUUGACAUCGAAAGAAGCAGUCCCUGAUUUUCGCAUUGCAUAUAAGCAUCUGGAAGGAAACUCGGCGGCUGUUCGUCGGCCGACGAAGGUUUUGUCAUUUCUUUGA